UUGGUCAUCUGUCCGGAUGAGGGCUUUUACAAAAGUGAGAAGCUUGUGUCCAGUUUUAAGGUGGGUCAGGGUUACCCACAUGACCCCCGCCCCCCGAGGUGAAGUGUGAAACAAUGCUUUAUCAUCCCACCAUCCACCUCGAGGGCAAUGGCUGCCUCAACAUGCUCAGAGAUGAUUGGACGCUGGCCCUCGUGAUAAACUCCAUCACUGAUGGCCUGCAGCAUCUCUUCUUGGAGCCCAGCCCCGAGGACCCCCUGAACAAGGAGGCUGCCGAGGUGCUGCGGAACAACCGACGACGGCUGUUUGAGCAGAAUGUGCAGCGCUCCAUGCGGGGAGGCUGCAUCGGAUCCACCUACUUUGAGCGCUGCCUGAAAUAGGGUUGGCGCCCAUCCCACCCCCGC